CUUAAGGACCAGUGACCAGCGUGCCGCCGACAGCUCCUAUCUGGGCUCCCCCAAAUUGAUCUUCAAAGCAGUAAAGCCCAGUCCCUACCCACCUUGAGACUGACCCCCUUCACUGCUGAAAACCCUGGUCGACCUACUGAUAUCAUGCAGAACCCAGCUCUGGUGUUCCCAAGCGCUGGCCCUCUGGACUCGGAGCCGCCAAAGGGAAAAUGGUCCGAUACUCGAUUCUUUAAGUACCUUCAGGAGCAUCGUAACAUUGUGGGCAAGGAAUGCCCGAAAUUUCCGGAGCGGUGUGAGCCCAAAGACCCGCUUCGGCAAGACACUAUCCACACUUGUAUCAAUCUCCAGGACGCGGAUGUCUUAGACUAUGCGGGAGAGUUCUACAACCAACAACGUACUCGGGAUGAUUGUGCUUUCUCAGUCAAGGUAGUGGAUGUGCUGCGGUGGAUGAUUUUUGGGGUCAUGGUUAUUGUCAUCCCUUUGGACAUAUUUGUCUUACUUCGUUGGACUUUGCCCCGAACUCUAAAUAAAUUUUCUCGCGAUUCUCGAGAACAGCGGAGCCUUUUCCCCCCCUAUGAAUGGUCUCUCAAAGUUAGUUUGUGGAUAAUUUUUGUUCCGCAUGCCAAGUUGGCGGCCCUUGGGGGACUGAGGGCUGCACUAUAUCUUCAAGUCUAUGUACCGUCGUUUCAACAUUCACACUCAUCAAAUAUCGAAGAGGGGAGAAAGAUGAUAGAGGUCCGAGCAAAGCGAUUGGAGACUUUGAAAGCACUGUAUAACGACUGGAGGGAGGAAGAAUCCGAAGCUUUGAGAAGGCUGCAUGAGCUGAAAGCUGAUGCAAGCCUCAAAGAUCGAUGGGAGAUCGACGAAUGGAGGCGGAAAGCCACGAGCACCUGGCAGCGUAUCACCUUUGAUUGUAAGAAUUUGGGAGAGCAGAUCGGAGCUCUAAAAGCCGAAAUCUCGGAGAUUCGAGAGAUUGCUCGAACGCAAACUAGUGAACAGAUCACUGGAUACAAAGGGGUCUCUGAUUGGGCAAAGGACGCGCUCGAUACCUACAUGGACACGAUCACUGCGGUGUCUGCCGUAUCCGUAUUGGGCGCUGGUCUAAGCUACACCUCCAUUGUCAGCGCCAGUCGCGGAAAUAUCUCCUACAUGUUCUGCUCCUUCGCACUGUUCAUGAUUUGUCUCGUGAUUGCUACUUCGGUUCAAGUGAUACUCACUUGGUAUAGUCACCGGGCGAACUACCCGCUCCGGAAUCCACGACUCUGGGAAAUCUCCUUGGUUGUUGCUGUGUAUGGGGCCGGAAUGUCUAUGACCGUAGCCAUCAUAUUUUUAUUAGUUACUGUUCAAUCCUUGGAUUCCGACCCUACACAUCCGCCAGUGGUCACUUUUUCACCGAUGGCCUCGGUUUAUGUCACGUAUGCGGUUUCAUUCUUAUAGUUGGGAUUCUCGCGUUAUACAUUUCUGCUUCUGUGAACGGUCUCAAAUUCUUCUUGUUGAGAAGAUCAGAGGUGCAGCUCGCUACCAAGGCGAAAAGGUUGGAGGACUUUGUCUGAUUUGGCUGACUUCAUAGCGCAUAAUGAGAUG